GCGCCUCAUUCCACAUCUCAUUCAACAUACUUCAAACUCACUCUAUUCUACCACAUCGCUCAAAGCACAAUGGACCCUGCUAUAGAGCACACGCGGAAAGAUGAACUGUCGGACAUCGAAAGAGUGGCAACGCCUAUGAUGACUAAAGCCUUCAUCUUCUAUGAGACACUGCCAACCACCGAUCUGGACAAAGUCAUCGCGUCAUUCAGAGAAGGCCUGAAGAACGCAACUCGUCAGGCUCCAUUCGUGGCUGGAGAUAUCGAGCAUGACACCACGGGCAAACCAUGUAUCAUGACAUAUCCUGGAGAGAGAACAGAACUAUUCCUCGUCCGUCGCUUCUCCACCGCGGAACAUAAAUCGUUCUCAACGCUCGCUAGUGGCGCAUUCAGCCCUUCAGACUUUGACCCCGACCAACUGCUGCCUAAUUUGCCAUUAGUUGGAGCAAAGCCGGUGUGUGCGAUUCAAUUGAAUAUCAUCGAGGGCGGUCUGAUCUUGGGAUAUUCGUUAAACCACGUCGCUGGCGACUGGACAUCCAUGGAUACGUUGUUGUCAUUGAUUUGCCAAGGUAGCAAGGCACACCAAGAGGGACGGGAGAUGCCCACAUAUACUCCAGAUCUCAAUAGAGGCCCGUACAAUGCUCAAUUUUCGAUCAAGAAGGAUAACUUGCCCGAAGAACUAGGCAUGUACUACGUGAAGGAGAAGGCGAAGGUCCCAUUCAUUCCCCAGCCACCACCGCCCUUUCAAACGAGCAUCUACAGAACCACGGACGCGUUACUUCAGCAAUUAAAACAGAGAUGCACCCCCAUGGAUGGAUUGGAGUAUGUUUCAUCCUAUGACUGUCUAUCCGCUCUUCUUUGGACGUCAAUCACUCGCGCCCGGCUUCAGCUGCAACCUGAGAAAAGUACAACACCAUCAACCUGCCUUCACCCCGUUGGCCUCCGCUCUCGAGACCCUGAAAAGAAAACAUCGGAAUUGUACUUCGGAAACUCUGUCUUUCCGGCUCGGGUGGGUCCGACAGAUAGCCAGGCUUUGAUUUCGGAGAAUGGCCUCGCGUUCGCCGCCUCCUCAAUCCGCAAAUGUAUUCAGCAGGUGAAUAUCGACUGGGCCGGAAGUUUGGCAUCAUUGGUGGCAUCCCUCGGUCCGAACGAAGGAUUGGGCUAUCACAUUGACUUUCACGAUAUGGAUGUUAUGAUCAACAGUUGGUAUUCUGGGACUGCUGAAAAAUACGACAUUGGAACUGGGUCAUUGCCAGCUGCUUUUCGCACCGCUCGGCCCAUCACGGGGGGUUGCGCUUUGGUUCUGCCUAACUUCAGCAAGGGAGAUACGAGAGAGUAUGAGAUCUUCGUUCAGUUGGAGUCGCAGCAACAUGAGUUGUUACGUCAGGAUGCGGAAUUUGCGAAAUAUUUUGAGCUUCUAGCAUGAUUCAGGCGGAACCACAAGGACGGCUCAUUUAAUUGCUGCCUGGUGUUAGUUUAUUUAGUCACCACACGUUUUGAGAUAAUACAGGAAUGAACUUAAACCUAAUUC